CCCGCCCUCCGCCGCCUGGCGCUGGGGCCGCCGCCGCUUUACGUAAGGCGCAGGCCAGGGCCGCCCGGCGCUCGGCAGCCGCCUGCAACCCUCGGAGCGCAAGGAGAGGCGCCCACCCGGUAUCCUUGGCAAGGUACUGCCAGAGACUGACAUUGGCUUCGAUGUGAAAUGAAAGUUGAAAAUGGCAUCUCCAUGUGUGUUGCUAUCAUGGUGUUGAUUCACUGGUCAUGCCUGAAGAGAGAAAUUGUGUUGUAGAGAGCUGACUGCUGCGCGGUCACUGCUGUCCUCCAUGCUCAGCUCGUCUCCCAUCUGCUGGAGUGAAACCCUCUCUGGAUACCUACACAACAUCCGCUGUAGAAAAUGCUUUGUGUUUUAAGGAUGUCAGCAACCUAAGUUCACGCGCCCCGUCUGUACAGUUGUUGUGGAUGGUUUGCCAUCUGAAAGCACCUCACGUUCUCAUCCAGGCCCUGUGUCUGUUUCUGACAUGUCUCUGCUUCAUGCAUUGGGCCCAGUGCAAACCUGGCUGGGACAAGAGCUCGAGAAAUGUGGCAUUGACGCCAUGAUUUAUUCACGGUAUAUUCUCAGUCUUCUGCUGCAUGACAGCUAUGACUACGACCUGCAGGAACAGGAGAAUGACAUCUUGGGCUGGGAGAAAGGAGCUUAUAAGAAAUGGGGAAGGAGUAAGAAGAAGUGCUCUGAUCUAACACUAGAGGAGAUGAAAAAGCAGGCUGCUGUCCAGUGUCUGCGCUCUGCUUCUGAUGAAAGCUCUGGAAUCGAAACUUUAGUGGAGGAGCUCUGCUGCAGACUGAAAGACCUACAGAGUGAGCAAGAAGAGAAGAUUCACAAAAAGUUAGAGGAGUCUCCCUCUCCAGAGGCAGAGUUGUCCCCUACAGCAAAGGAUCAAGUGGAAAUGUAUUAUGAAGCAUUUCCACCACUUUCUGAGAAACCAGUUUGCCUGCAAGAGAUUAUGACCGUGUGGAACAAGGCCAAACCCUGUUCUUACUCUAGCUCCUCUUCAUCAUCCACAGCCCCACCAGCAAGCACAGAUACAUCUUCUCCAAAGGACUGCAAUAGUGAGAGUGAAGCCAUCAGAGAAAGAAGCAGUGCCUCCUCCAUUCCCAUGCACGAGAAAGCCCAGAGCAGGAGUAGACAUGAGAAGGAAAACAGGUUGAACAACAGCCCCAUCGAAGAAAAGCCUGCCUUGUACAAAAAGCAGAUCCGGCACAAACCUGAAGGGAAGAUCCGCCCUCGCUCAUGGUCAUCUGGCUCUAGUGAAGCAGGCUCAAGUUCAAGUGGUAAUCAGGGAGAAUUAAAAACAUCCAUGAAGUAUGUUAAAGUCAGACACAAGGCACGAGAAAUUCGAAACAAAAAAGGGCGGAAUGGACAAAGCAGGCUGUCCCUGAAGCACUGUGAGAAGGCAGAGAGAGGAGUCCAUGGGGGUGGUGGCGGCAGCAGCAGCAGCAGCAGCAGCAGUGGGUCUGUCAGGCAGCUGUGCAAGCGGGGUAAGAGACCAGCAAAGGAGACGGGGAGAAGCGACCCCGGGAUCACUGCAGGGAAAGACCUGUAUGUGGAGAGCAGAAACAACAAAGAGUACAAGGAAGAGCCACUGUGGUACACUGAACCCAUUGCUGAAUAUUUUGUUCCUUUGAGUAGAAAAAGCAAACUAGAGACCACAUACCGAAACAGGGAAGAUACAAGUGCUCUGACAGCAGAGGCCGUGGAAGACUUGUCUGAAUCUGUGCGUGGUCUGUGUAUCAGCAACAGUAAUAUCCAUAGAACAUACCUCGCAGCAGGUACUUUCAUCGAUGGUCAUUUUGUAGAAAUGCCUGCAGUUUUAAACGAGGAUCUUGACCUCGCUGGGACCUCAUUAUGUUCUCUACCAGAGGACAAUAAAUUCCUGGAUGAUAUUCAUCUGUCAGAACUAACACACUUCUAUGAAGUGGAUAUUGAUCAAUCCAUGUUGGAUCCUGGUGCCUCAGAAACAAUGCAAGGAGAAAGUCGGAUUUUGAAUAUGAUUCGACAAAAAAGCAAGGAGACUACCGAUUUUGAGGCAGAAUGUUGCAUAGUGUUAGAUGGUAUGGAGUUGCAAGGGGAACGUGCAAUAUGGACAGAUUCUACCAGCUCUGUGGGUGCUGAGGGCUUCUUCCUGCAAGACCUUGGCAAUCUGGCUCAGUUUUGGGAGUGUUGUUCGUCCAGUUCAGGCGAUGCUGAUGGGGAGAGUUUUGGAGGAGACUCUCCAGUUAGACUCUCUCCUAUCUUGGACAGCACGAUACUCAGUUCACACAUGCUUGCUGGCAAUCAAGAGCCCUUUUCCAAUAUUAAUGAAGGAUCUGGUAUAAACUCUUGUUUUUCAGUAUUUGAAGUGCAAUGCAGUAAUUCUGUUUUACCAUUUUCUUUUGAAACACUCAACUUGGGAAGUGAACAUACAGAUUCUAGUGCUAAUAUGCUGGGGAAAACACAGUCUAGAUUGCUAAUAUGGACCAAAAAUAGUGCCUUUGAAGAAAAUGAACACUGUUCUAAUCUUUCAACAAGAACUUGUAGUCCGUGGUCCCAUUCAGAAGAAGCACGCUCGGACAACGAGACACUAAACAUUCAGUUUGAAGAAUCGACACAGUUUACUGCAGAAGAUAUUAAUUAUGUGGUUCCCAGAGUCUCGUCAGAUUAUGUAGAUGAAGAACUUCUAGAUUUUUUGCAGGAUGAAACUUGUCAACCAAACAGUAGAACUUUAGGAGAAAUUCCUACAUUAGUUUUCAAAAAAAGAUCUAAGCUAGAAUCUGUGUGUGGUAUUCAGCUAGAACAAAAGGCAGAAAAUAAGAACUUUGAAACUACACAAGCAUGUAGUGAAAGCAGUCCACAUGGAGAUGGCUACAGCUCAGGGGUUAUCAAAGACAUUUGGACAAAGAUGGCAGAUAGAAGUUCUGUGGCUGCAGUAGAGACAGAAGGAACUGGGGAGGAGUUGUUCUCCACAGAUGUAAAUAACUACUGCUGCUGUUUGGACACUGAUGCUAAGAUGGAAGCCCUUCAAGAGCCUAGUAGGGCUGUGCAGAGGUCAGAGUAUCAUCUCUGGGAGGGACAGAAGGAGAACCUGGAGAAAAGAGCAUUUGUCUCUAGUGAGCUGUCGAAGGUGGAUGUUGGUGACUACACCACACCCUCUAAACCUUGGGAUGUGGCCCAAGAUAAAGAGAACACAUUCAUUCUUGGAGGAGUUUAUGGAGAACUCAAAACGUUCAACAGCGAUGGGGAGUGGGCAGUUGUACCACCUGGUCACCCAAAAGGGAGCUUGUUACAAUGUGCAGCCUCUGAUGUCGUGACAAUAGCUGGUACAGAUGUCUUUAUGACCCCUGGAAACAGCUUUGCUCCUGGUCACAGACAGCUCUGGAAGCCCUUUGUGUCAUUUGAACAGAAUGAUAUGCCGAAGAGUGGGGAAAAUGGGUUAAACAAAGGAUUUUCUUUUAUCUUCCAUGAAGACUUGCUGGGAGCCUGCGGUAACUUUCAAGUUGAAGAUCCUGGGCUUGAAUAUUCAUUCUCUUCCUUUGACCUAAGCAACCCUCUCUCACAGGUUCUCCACGUAGAGUGUUCAUUUGAACCAGAAGGGAUUGCAUCUUUCAGCCCCAGUUUUAAGCCGAAAUCAAUCCUCUGCUCUGACUCAGACAGUGAGGUUUUUCACCCCAGAAUAUGUGGUGUCGACAGGACACAGUACAGGGCUAUUCGAAUUUCUCCUCGGACUCACUUUCGCCCAAUUUCUGCAUCCGAACUAUCCCCUGGAGGAGGAAGCGAGUCAGAAUUUGAAUCUGAAAAAGAUGAAGCAAAUAUUCCCAUUCCUUCUCAAGUUGAUGUAUUUGAAGACCCACAAGCAGAUCUCAAACCUCUAGAAGAAGAUGCAGAGAAAGAAGGCCACUACUAUGGAAAAUCAGAGCUUGAGUCUGGGAAGUUCCUGCCCAGGUUAAAAAAAUCUGGAAUGGAGAAGAGUGCUCAGACGUCACUGGAUUCCCAGGAGGAGGCAACUGGGAUUCUGCCAGUAGGAAAACAAAAUCAGUGUUUAGAAUGUAACUUUAAUGAAUCUCUGGAAAUAAAUUUAGAAAGCUCAACAGCAAAUUGUAAAAUAAUGACACAAUGUGAAGAGGAAAUGAAUGAUUUUUGCAGUUGCAAAGCAGGUUGUCAGUUUCCUGCUUGUGAAGAUAAUCCUGUUUCUUCAGGACAACUGGAAGAGAUUGGGAAGAAAGAAAAUGAGGAAAGAAGCAAGAUUCCACCUACUACUACCAUAUUCCUUCGCUUUCUAGUUUAUAAACAUGCUCUGUGUUUGGCUUCAUCUAAACAGUUUCCUGUAUUGAAUGCUGAUGUGCAAGAAGUGACAAGAAAUCAAGAAAAGCAGAGCUGGUGGGAAAAAGCCUUGUACUCUCCCCUUUUUCCCACGUCAGAGUGUGAAGAAUGUUAUACAAAUGCCAAGGGAGAGAAUGGUAUAGAAGAAUAUCCAGAUGCUAAAGAGACACCCAGUCAUGAAGAGCGUCUGUUAGAUUUUAAUAGGGUGUCUUCUGUUUAUGAAGCAAGAUGCACAGGAGAGAGAGGUUCUGAGGCAAAACCAAAUGGCCUCCACAGGAAGAUGUGUUCCAGCACCAGCUCUGACACAGGCGACACAGGCUCCGAAGCCGGCGGAGAGUGGGUGGGCCCCAGGAGAGAGGAGCUCUUCUCCCGAACACAUCUCUGACCCUGCAGAGUAGUACCAGUCAUUGAAAAUGCUGUGAUGGGAAAUUGCCUUCUGUGAGGCCUGUUAGUCUAAAGCAGCAACUUAGGUUUCUUCUUCGAUUAACUGAUCCGCAUCAGUGAUUACCUUUCUCUUCUUGCUUAUUUUAGCGUUGAGGACGGCUGUCCUGUUGAAGAUUUGUUUCCAAGCUGUUAAGUUCUUGCUCUCUGAAGUAGACUAGACUGUGCUGUCCAGUGAGGAAUGGGUGUGCAUGUGCUUGUCCUAGCGCGUCCCGCUUCUGCAUCGCAGCUGCAGGCCUCCUUCUGGCGGCUGUGUCGCCAUCACCUUGUCAGCACCAUGGCGACAACAACCGCCACCGUCCAGAGACUCUAGCUCUGUUCUCUGAGCCAGGAGAUCAGUCCUCCCCUGCAGUGGGUCAGGGCCUUGCUGAAGGAGGAGGGAAGCAUGGUGACUCAUCUGCAGGCUCAUUCAGAAGAUCUCGUGGACACUGCUGUAGGAACACAAGGGUGUGCUUUAGAGACUUACAGAAUACUGUGCUCUCUCUUAGGAUCCCCUAAAGUACCAUGGAAGAUACUGUGGCUUGUGACUUUCUUGCUAGCUGAAGAAGCCAAGGAUUUGAGGCAUGGGGUGGUGGAUGGGGUGAGUUCUGCUACUGCAGCACAUCCAUGGCAGGCACAGCAGGGUUCUCUGAGCUGCCUUUCCAGCACGUAGUUGAGGACCUUUCUUGCAAAUUAUCUUCUGGUGACUACAUUGAAGUCGCCAAAUGAACUUAAAAACAUUUGACAUGCAGUGAGGCCACCUCAUUACCCCAAAGAAAUCUUUGGCUGCUGCAGCUAGCUGCUCUUGUGGCUGUGAUGUAGUAUAGCUUGUAUCUCAUUUUGUGUUUGAGAGAAUGUUUUGGGCAAGUUCUGCUUGCGGUGGGCUGGGGUGGGUAGAGGAGUUUCCCACGUACCUGUGUGAUUGCUGUUCUGAUCAUUGCCUCAUGUGACUUGGUGAAGCAGGCUGGCGGCUUGCCUCACACAGUUACAUCUAACUGUGCUGAUCACCUCUUUGAGCUCUCUCUGUGGCACCGCCAUAGGCGGUAGGAGGGCCAAUUGUGCAAAACCUAAACAUCCGAAAUUAUUUUUCUCUUUUUAACCAACUUGCUUUUAAAAACACCUUUCUGUGACAUGAGUUCAGCAUGUCCAGAGCAUCAGGAAUGGCCUAGAGGUCUAAAGUAGUCCAGCUGGCCUCACCAGUGAGCGGGGCAGCACUAGACAUGUGGGUGGCUUCUUAGCGGGGAGUGGAGCUGGCCUCAGGCCUUGCCGGUAGUACUUGAUUUGUCGCCUGUUUUUCAGGAAAACAGGAAACAUCUUGGAGGCUGUGCAGUCCCUGCAUUUCUGUGCAUCCUCAUCACGAGCAGGCUGGCUUGCUGGCUGGGGCAUCUUGCCACCUUAGGGCUUGUUUUCAUACAGCACAUCUUUCGACACUUUACAGUGGCUUGUGUGUGCGUGUGUGCAUGUGGAAGGUUUCAUGUUGCUCUUACUUAUUUACAGACAUCAGAUAAGUUUUAUGUAUCUUUUUCUUCUGGAGCUUCCUAAAAUUUGAUUAACAUCUGCACUGAAAUAUAACCUAUCAUCAAAAGCGAAAGGAUCGGAAGUUGUAAAUUCCUAAAAUCAAUGCAGUCAUGAUUACCCUAGAAAUUGUUGCUAUGACCAAAUGGAUUUCAUACUCAGCCAUGAGCUUGGGUGACCUGGACAGCCAGUGUUCAUCAGGAAAGGGCUCCAGGUGGCAAAGACACCUCCCUCCUGAGCUGUGGGGAGAGGCCCCCACAGGGGUUGCGCUGGGUCAUCAAAGGCAAAGGGAUGACUAGAUUCUGUGUUUGGUUUCUUUUUGUAGUUAAGUGGCUGAAGCCCAGAGGCUUUGGCACAGGAUUGAAGUGUGGUUUUAGUUUCAUGAAUGGAUGAUCACAAAAGAAGCAUUAAAAAAGUUGGCAAACGCUGAAACGCACUGUGGUAUGAAGCGCGUUGCAUAUCCGUAGCACUGAAGUAUCAGCUCCAUUCCUGGGCUGAGAUUUUUUUUUUUCCGUGGUUGUAUUGUUCUGAUUUCACGUACACCAGAGUAACUGAUUUUUUUUGUUUGUUUUGUUUUGUUUUCUUGUGGAGUUAACACCAAAUAAAAAUUUCAAAAAUG